AUGAACUUCAAGCAGAUCGUGUGGGACGAUGCCGGGAAGAGAAGGGAAUGUGUCGAUGCGGCGAACAGCCGAACAGCAACAACACAACUACAUUUUUUCUUUGCCGGAACUUCUAGCCAUCCUGAGCUCUCUCUCACCUUCCAAACUUCAGCCCCUUCGAAUUUGGAACAUUACAACCAUAUUGGCUGUAUAUUAGAUGUUUACGUUCCCAGGGAUCCUAAGAGAUCAGGUCAUAGAGGUUUUGGAUUUGUUACUUUUGCUGAAGAUGGUGUAGCAGAUCGUGUCUCACGAAGGCCUCAUGAAAUUUGUGGACAACAGGUAGCGUUAGAUUCAGCCACACCUGUUGAUGAUGCAAGUCCGAGUGAGAAUUUUAUGAUGAAUGGCGUGGGUUCUUUUGGGGGUUAUGGAGGUCCUAUGCGAACUUAUGGGAGGAUGUAUGGUAGCCUAGACUUCGAGGAUUGGGGUUAUGGAAUUCCCAGUGGGAGGCCAUCAAGAACAGAUUGGAGAGACUUGGGAAUGGGACAUGAUGAAAUGAGGGGAUUAUUCCCUAUUGCUUUUGAAUAUUCAGCGAGAAUGCUGUUCACAAAGGCAUCUUCCAGUGCUCAUAUGUUGCAUGCCAUGAACUGUGCGCCAAAGUAGCAUAUAUUAUUGUUUUGUUGUUGCUGGAUUCCUGAAGAAGAAAACGACGUUACUGAGAAAACAACAACAACAACAACAAAGCCUUGUCCCACUAAGUUCACACAAAAUAAUUGAUUUAUGCAAACUGAAAUGAGGUUGCAGAUAAGCAGAGAAGGUAGUGCUCAGAUAUAGGCAUCAUAGUUGGUGCAAUAGUUGGAAGUUGUUUAUGAGGUUCAAGGUCCUUGAGAAUGCGAAAUGGACACUCUCCAGUCUUGCUACGACUGCUUUGGAAGAAGUGGUUAGGAAUUGGUAAAGAAACCUGAUAUCAAUGUCACUGAGAUGUCCAUUUGAUCAGUAUAAUGGAUGGAAUGUACAAUGUUAGCUGUGUUCUGGUUUGAAUUAUGUUAUUGACUCACUGCUUGUAGUGUAUAAUUUGUGCUCUAUGCUUUCCUUUCGUUUGAGUAUUUCAUGUCAGUAGAAAAUGUGUGAUUCAGUGUAAGAUAGAAAGAUGUCAUAUUUGAGUUGCUCUUGUAACACAACCAUGACUAAACACUUCAUUGCUUAUUUCUAUGAAAAUAAGACAAGUAAUGUUAUGUGUAACAAGAAUGAAGAA